AUGCUGACGUUCCAUGUCAACUUCCCCGGUCUCUGGGGUCUCCUCUCUCGUGCAGAGAAUCCCACAUACACCCACACUGCCAGGGGAGCCGAGCGAAGGGGAGCUGCCGGGUCGGAGUGCUCCCGGCCUCUCCUCUCCGAGGUUGAUCUGCCAGUGUCCCGCCGCCCCGCCCUCUGGGACUGGCCCAACGGCCAGCGCUGCCCCUCGCGGACACCUCCUUUCCGUGCGAACUGUCCCUCACAAAGCUGUCUCUUGGACCAGAACAAACAGAACGCACCCCGCCUUCCUCAGAGGGAGGCUCUGCUGGAGUUCCCGCUGGGCUCCGGCCCCUGGCAGCUGGCUGUUUACACGGUUUGGCAAUAG